AUGACUGUUACACAUCGUAAGCGACAGUAUCAGCCAGAAGAAAUUCAAACCGUGAAUGAACCUGGUCUACAGAUUCAAUGCGACGGCUGUGGCUGUGACCUUACGCAUUCAAUACGAAUCAAGUGUGCGGAUCCGGUAUGCGAACUCGGAGACGGCGUUGAUAUUUGUCCGGCUUGUUUCUGCAGCGGGAAGGAGUUUGGCCGCCACAAACGAUGUCAUGAAUAUCGAGUGGUCGAGCUACAUUCAUACCCCAUAUUCUCGGAAGACUGGGGAGCGGACGAAGAGCUAUUGCUCCUUGAAGGCAUCUCGCUACAAGGACUCGGCAACUGGCAAGCAAUAGCUGAGCACGUUGGUACGCGUACAAAAGAAGAGGUCGAACAACAUUACAGGUCUGUCUACAUCGAUUCCCCCGAUUGGCCUUUGCCGCGCAUGGACCUGCAUUUCGAGGUCGACCCUGCUGUUUUCCAAGAGCGCAAACGUCGUCGUAUCUCAAACAUGAACACCAACCCUCCGCCACCCCCAAAGCUCGCCCCCACCUCUGCUCCUGGUGUCCACGAAAUCGCCACAUUCCUUCCUGGGCGUCUAGAAUUUGAACAUGAGCUGGACAACGAAGCAGAAGACCUCGUCAAGGACCUUGAGUUCGGCAUCUGCUUGGAGUGGGGUGGCGACGAGAUACCCGAGGACGAGAAUGACCCCGACGUGCGUGCGAGGGCGCGCUGGGAGGAGGAGCAGAAGAUGAAGGAUGGCACACCGGGCAAGCGGCUGCCCAACGGAUAUCUGAACGGAAGCCCAAAUGGCCACCAUGCUAACGGCGACUCACCUUCGCGUGACACGCGAGGCAGGUCGGAAGAUGGCAGCAAGGCGGACAACGGUGCCACCGAUGGCGAGGCCGACGCAGAAGAGCUGACACAACCUCCCCCUAUCGAGACGCUAGAUUCUCUCAACUUCAAGCUCUCCCUGGUAGAGAUGUACAAUCAACGAAUGGACAAGCGGCAGGAGAACAAGGCUAUCAUGUUCGACAGAGGUCUCCUCAACUACAAGCAGAUGCAGGCCGCAGACAAAAAGCGGCCCAAAGAGGAGAAGGAUAUCAUCCACCGACUACGACCUUUCGCUCGCCUAAUGACUGCCGAAGACUUCGAAGUGUUUUCUGCGGACAUACUGUACGAAGCGAUGUUGCGAAAGCGGAUUCAGGAGCUCCAGCAUUACCGCAGAAUGGGUCUCACAACUGCCGCGGACAUUGAGAAGUACGAGGCGGAUGUACUCAAGCGGACUCAGGCAAAGGCGAACCUGACACGCGCCGACUACCUUCCAUCGGAGCGCCUGCAGCAGCUCCGAGCCGGAAGUGCGCGUCAGUCGUCCGGUCCCGAACGCUCCGAACGUGGGAAAAGCCAUGACGACCGCGAGACCACGCCGAAGCCCGCUCCGGCUGUCAUCGGCACUGGUCCUCCCGGAAGGAAGAUGCCCGCGCCCCUCAACCUCGCGAACAGUCCCCUACUACACCUCCUCACGCCGGAAGAACAAACACUCUGCUCGCAACUGCGCAUACUCCCGAAGCCUUACCUCGUCAUCAAGGAGACUCUCGUGCGAGAAUACGCGCGGCGAGGCGGGAAACUGCGGCGGCGUGAAGCGCGAGACCUCGUCAAGAUCGACGUCAACAAGACAAGCCGGGUCUGGGACUUCCUGGUGCAAGCAGGCUUCCUCAAGGUUGGCGCAGCUGAACCGCCACCGGCGAACCAGGACAGCAUUAGGCCCUCUGCAACGCCGUCACUGAGCGCAUCGCCGAGCAAGGAGUCACAUGCACUGGUCUCACCGCGCCCUCCACCAUUCACCACCGCGCCCCUUGGCAUGUCCUCCACAUUCUCAUCAUCCUCCAUCAAUUCUACGCUACCCAACGUAGGCUGAUCGCCCCUCACAUUAUUAUCACCUUUUCGCUGUCCUACCGCUUUCGACGUUUUGACUGCCGCAUCUCUGUUGUAUUGCUGAGUUGUACCCUACCCACGUUGCAAUUGUACAAUAUAUGGAUGCACUAGUUUG